GGUCGCGCGUCGUCAACAUGGCUUUUGCACAGUUGCUCGCCGGUUGGGUCCAACUUUUGGUCCCACAACCUUGUUUUGACAAAUUUUUCGUAGAUUUUGACUUCUUUGACGUACCAUGUUUGAAGAUUGUCAUCAGCAAGUGUCUAGGAUAUGGGAUAAUCCUUGGUUCAGUAUUAGUGAAAGUUCCUCAGAUUGUCAAAAUCAUCUCAGCCAGGAGUGGAGAGGGUAUUAGCAUGCCCAGUACUGUGUUAGAGCUCACAGCUGUGAUAGCCUCUGCUGCUUACGGAUAUGCAAACAAAUUUCCAUUCAGUGCUUAUGGAGAAGGCAUCUUCAUGAUGAUACAGACCCUACUGGUGGGGUGUCUUGUCUUGCACUUCAGUGGCAACACAGGUGGCGCCCUCGGCUUCUUCCUCAUUGUCUCUGGUAUAGUAGGGUUCCUGAUGUCUCCGGCGGCACCGCUGUCACUGCUGUGGGCACUCCAGGCCAGUAAUAUGCCUAUUGUGGCUUUGAGCAAGAUGAUCCAGGCCUUGGAGAACUUCAAGAACCAAAGCACAGGGCAGCUGUCAGCCAUCACAAUAUACCUACUGUUUCUGGGAUCUGUGGCCAGAAUAUUCACGUCCAUACAGGAGACAGGCGACAACAUCGUUAUUUUGACUUUUGUAGUCUCCACAAUAUGUAACGGCAUUUUAGCCUUGCAGAUAGUACUCUACUGGAAUGCUGAAAAGAAACCCAAGAAGGAGUAAAAAUUAGGGCAUUUACUUUUAAGAGAUAAUUGUUCUUUUUGUAAAUAUGUAAAUGCAGAGAAAUACAUUGUGUGAACUUGGGGUUUAAUUUAAUAAGAGGGAUAUAGUUUGAUGAGUCACAAGAUCAGUUUUAGCGAAUUUGAAGUGUGGUAAAGAGCAUUUUAACAAUGUUCUUGACGAAGAAAGUGACUAACACUUUUACAUUCAAGAGAUUAAAGGAAUCAUUCCAAGACUCGGUAUUUUUUUUUUCAUGGUGGAAUUUUGAUUAACAUGCUGGAUAUCAUAGAGCAUAAUGCUGAACACUUUAUAUUGUUAACUUUAAGACUAGUUUCUGUG